AUGGCUGGUAUUAUCAAUGAGGAGAAGCUUGGUAGAAGAAUCCAAACUUACUACCGCGAAGAACGCGCGUGCAAGCGUGAAGAAGCUAAACUUGCAAAGUGGUUUGGGGAUCUCACUCCUGAACAGAGAGAUAUCUUUGCAGACGACAUCCCAGAAGCUUUUCUCGGCGAAAGAAACGGCGGAGCACAAGGAGGUGCUAACGGCGGAGCACAGGGAGGUGCUAACGGCGGCGAGGGCGAAGCCAACGGUGGCGGUGCUAACGGCGGAGCACAGGGAGGUGGUAACGGCNAAAAAAAAAACAGAACGUUCAUAGAGAUUCUAAUGAAUGUGUAA